UCGCGUCUCAUUCCACCCACACCAAGAUCGAGCAGCAGUGCAGUCUAGAGCGCAGGAGCCAAUAGUGCCAUCGAAUCCAAGAUAGGGAGCCAGGACGCGACGACGCGGCGGCCACUGAUGGCGGCACCGGCGGCGAGGAGCGUGGGCGUGGCGGAGCGGGCGCUGCGCGGGGUGGCGGACCUCAUCAAGCUGCUGCCGAGCGGCACGGUGUUCAUGUUCCAGUUCCUCAGCCCGCUGGUCACCAACAACGGCCACUGCGCCGCCUACAACAAGGUGCUCUCCGGCGCGCUCCUCGCUCUCUGCGGCGCCUUCUGCGCCUUCUCCUCCUUCACCGACAGCUACGUCGGCUCCGACGGCAGGGUCUACUACGGCGUCGUCACGCGCCGCGGCAUGCGCACCUUCUCCGCCGACCCGGACGCCGGCGCCGCCAGGGACCUCUCCGGGUACCGCCUCCGCGCCGGCGACUUCGUGCACGCGGCGCUCUCGCUCAUCGUGUUCGCGACGCUGGCGCUGCUGGACAGGGACACCGUGUCCUGCCUCUACCCGGCGUUGGAGGCCGGCGAGAGGACCAUGAUGGCCGUGCUGCCGCCGGUCGUCGGCGGCGUCGCCAGCUACGCCUUCAUGAUGUUCCCCAACAACCGCCACGGCAUCGGCUACCAGCCCACGCGCGCCACCGAGGACUUCGAGCACAAGCACUAGCUUUGCUUGCCAGUCCUUCCGAGCUAAUCCAUGGCGUGGCCGGAACUGAAUUGAUUCACUCUUGUCAAUUUCUUCGCAGUGUUUGCAUGAUCAACUUGGUCGUGUGGGUGCAAAGACUAAAUUCAAAGUGUGGUGGUGUGAUUGAUGUUUGAGUGACGUGUCGUCGCCUUGUAGUUCUUGAUUUCUCAAAGCUUGUACUGAUAUACUGUGAUGCACUGGAGGUUAACACGCAUUUCGCCGCCACGUCGAUCUUUA